ACAAAAUGCUCUUAGUUUCGACGUUUUCAGAUAAAUAUGGCUGGUAAUUGGAAUGGAAGAUUUUCCGAUUUUGACGGUCUUCCAUCCUCGGCCAAAAAACCUAAAACUUCUGCAAAUUACAGCCGACCAUCUUUAAACAGGUCCCGGUAUACUCCUCUUAAACUAGAAAUUUCGUCGUUAGAGCAAUCACCAGGUCGGAACCUUUCAUUAAACCCUGUUAAGUCUGCAGGAACCUCGUCAGUAAAUAAACCUGCUUCCAAUCCAAUCAACCCUCCAACUAGCAAGGAGGGAAUGCCUCCUCCGAAAGUUCCAUCCAGGGCAACAUUUCAGUUUACAGGUUGCAAGGAAGCCAAGGUCCCUGCAGCUGUAAGUAUGGAGGAGGAUGAGGAGGAUUGGGGGGAUUUUGAUGUGGACUUCAACAGUUUACCAGACGGAGAUAUGAACACUAGAACGGAACCUGCGAUGACUGAAGCUGAAUUGCAAGAGAUGACGAUGGCGUUGAUUAAUGAUGAUUCUAUAUUUGAUAUUGAUGAGCCUCCAGCACCUAUGGAUAGAGCAAAGGCGAGAUUAAACGAAACUACAGCAGUAUUUUCCACCAUUAUCCCCGACCUUGAUGAAGAAGGUCCGAAGGCGGAAGAUGUAAUUGAAAAACUCAGGGAAGAGAAUAAGAAACUUCUGGAGGAAAUCAAGCAUUUGAAGCCAGCGCAUAAACAGAAACAGGGUGAGAUAGAUGUGCUGGUUCAAAGGUUGGAUGAGAGGAGGAGGGAACUGGAUAAGGAGGAGAAGAUCAGGAGAAAUCAGGAAUCUGAUCUCAGGCGUGAGAUGGAUAGAAUCUGUAAAGCUGCUGAACUUCGUGAACUUGAGCUCAAGAAGGAACUGGAGGCUAGUCGAAUCAAAGCUCAAAGUUUACAGGAGCAGGUGAGUGCUGUAAUAUCUAUGGAGGAGGAUAAACACAAGGCUGAGCUAGAGAACAACAAGUCUACUGCUGAGAAGGAUUCGUCCAAUGAUAAAACCAAUUCAGGAGAUAGAAUGGAAACUGAUCAAGAAGAAGAGGGUUCGGAUAUUCUGAACCUGAUUCCAGAUUCACUUCCGGACUUCUGGGUGGAACAGUUCUGUGAGCUAAGCACCACAGAUCCAGUUUGUCAAAACAAGAUUCUUAUCAAGACCAGACAUCACGAGGAUACAAGCACGGAUUGGGGAACUAUGCUUGAUAUAUCAGUGGAUAAAAUUAUUCAAAUCUGCAUCAAAAACAAAAAGGUUGAGGUUAAGGUAGGGUGGGAGCAGGUGGAGAAAGCUGUUGCCAAGGUUGGAACUGGAGUUGAGAAGGGAACAUUCUUCUCCUUUACGGGAACAAGGAAGACGGGGAAGAAAAGCUGGAAGAGGGAGAAAUCUUCUCGGAAGGAAUCCGCUUUUUCCAGAGAAGACUCUGCUGUGCUUGACGCAGAACUUAGAAACAUGGUUCACAUGGUUUCCUUCAGUGGAGAUGCAUUCAAGAGUAGAGAGAUGGAGUGUAUACUGGAUACAUGUAUAUCCUUACUCAGGAUGAUGACUGAACUUUGUGAUUUUGAGAUGCUGAGACGGGUUGGGGAGCUUCUUAAAGCGCUAUGGGAGUAUGAAUUACCAGAGAAGGAGCAGCUUAUUCAGAUCAGCGCUCUUAUUAGAGCAGCUCUUGCCAAGCUUCAGGAGUCUAAUGAGCUUCAGGCUAGUGCUGCGGCUAGACAAGUUCUUUUUGAUAUUUUCUUCACUCUUACAGCUGAUGAUGGUUUUCUGCCUGAACUCUGCAAUGGAACAGAUCAAUGCUUUCUACAGAUGAUUUUCCAGGAGAUGGAAGCAGGUUGCUAUAAGCUGAAGUUAGUCCGUGACCUUGAAGAAUAUUAUGACCCUGACCUGGAUAUGAACCGGGAAAUGCAAAGAUCGAAGGAUGAAGAGGAUAAAUACCUAGCGGAAGACUUGUCAGUCAACUACAGGAUUAUUGCACAGGGUGUCAACCUAGUAUACAAGUUUGUGAACGAAUCUUCAGAUUGUUAUUCUCCAACUCCUUGGAUAGAUUCAGGUUGUAUGGAAUGUAAUUGUUUACUCCUGAGGUCUGUAGUAGCACUAGUCUUUAGCCUAGUAACAAUUUAUUUAGAUAUUUUCAGGGAAAGGUCAGAGAAGAAGUUUUUGAAUUUAUUAGUCACGCAAAUGGAGAAGUGUAUUAUGAUAUUAUACAAGAUGAAACUAGAGGUUGUCCAGUAUGAAGAACAUGAAUCUAAACCCUGGAUCAGGGUUGUUGAGAGAAUAAAGAGUGAAAAUAAGAAAAGAUUUGUCUGGAGUAUUCAAACUUUGAAGCAUAUAGUCAGAUCUGCUUGCUACCCUACCCUACAGAAGUUGGAGAUGGAACCUGUGAGAUAGAAGAGUUCAACAGAACAAUAACACCCAGUGAUAAUCAAUUCAGAGACAACAAUAUAAUUAUUGAAUAUUUUCUUUGAACUUGUGAUAAUGAUACAAUAUUUGGUCAAUCGAUCAAUUUAUAUAUUAUUCUUAUUAAACAGACUAAUGAAGCAAGUAUUUAUUUGUGAACUUUAUUUUUCUGUCGUCUAUUUCCUUGAAGUUGAAAGACGUAAGUUUUCAACUGUGUGGGAAAAUGUAUAAUGUAUUGUGGAAAAAUAUGUGAACUUUUUUGGAAAGUUGUUAAAUAGAUGUUAGAAGCAUA